CGGUUGUGACGGACGACGACGAUGACCGCGAUUGGAACUUUGCCGCUGGCAGAUGAUGAUGAAGACACGAACGCGGUGGCGGUGGUGAGGUCGAGACAGAUGCAGGGGCCAAGAUGGAAGAGAAGACGAAAGCGAGGACCCUUGCUGCCUGUGUUUGGAAUGGCACUGGUGGUGAUGGUGACAAUAAUGGUGGUGAUGAUGGCGGGAGGGGCUUGGGGUGAUGGUGGUGGUGUUGGUCAUGGGGGCGCGUCUGCGUGCUUGGAUCCUGAUCAAUGCACCCAAGUUCCACGCCAAGCUCCACGCCAAAGUCCCAGCUUACAGCAGCAGCAGCAGCAGCAGCAGCAGCAGCAGCAGACGGAGCAGGAGCAGCAGCAGACGGAGCAGGAGCAGAAGGAGGUGAGGAGUGGCGAGGUGUUGCCGCAGGUGAAGUUGAUUGUCAUGUUCACAAGCUACGCCAACCACACCCAGUUGGCAGGGAUCAUCAACGCCACGCUGGCUGCGCAAGUUACCACACAAUCACAGAGUGCAGGGAAGCAUCGCGAGAGCACCGAUGGCGACACCACUACAACUGCACGACCCAGCUCGUCACCCUCAGCAGCGCCGCUUACGCCGCCCACCAACUGCACGUGGUCCAUCCUUGAGCGGCGGAACCGCGCACUUGAGUUUCCAACAGACUUUGUUGUUGUUGACAUUUCCGGCUGCCUCCACCAUCGCGACACCAUUCACGCUGCGCUGCAAUCCCACCCAUCCAUCACCAGCGUCACCGAAGAGAAGCACGUGAAUCGAGGUACCCUGUUUGCUUCGCAUGGCCCACAUGUGCGACACCAUGCCUCAUCCUGGGCACAAGAGCAGCAGCAAGAACACCAACAACAACAGCAGCAGCAACAACAACAACAACAACAACAACAACAGCAGCAGCAACAACAACAGCGCCGCCACACCCUGGGCCUAUCUGACCUGCUGCGCGGUCUGAUGGACCGUGGCGAUUCCGACAGCAGCAACCUCGUCGCUGCCAUGCGCGCCCGCAGCCUGUGGGAGCUCGGGUACAAGGGGCAGGGCAUUCACGUUGCUGUGUUUGACACGGGCCUGGGCGCCGACCACCCGGACUUUGCGCACGUGGACGAGCGCACCAACUGGACAGACGAGGACGACCUUAACGACGGCAUUGGGCACGGCACGUUUGUUGCGGGCGUGGUUGCGUCCACAUCGCGCGGGUGUCCUGGCCUGGCACCGGAGGCGCACGUGCACGUGUACCGUGUCUUCACCAACGCCCAGGUCUCCUACACCUCGUGGUUCCUCGACGCUUUCAACUACGCCAUCUUCAAGAAGGUGCAUGUGCUGAACCUGAGCAUUGGCGGACCAGACUUUAUGGACGAGCCGUUUGUUGCAAAGGUGAACGAGCUCACGGCACGUGGCAUCAUCAUGGUGUCUGCUAUCGGUAACGAUGGCCCUGUCUUCGGCACCCUCAACAACCCCGGCGAUCAGAACAACGUUAUUGGCGUUGGUGGCAUUGACUUCAAGGACCAAAUCGCCCCCUUCUCCUCGAGAGGAAUGACCCUGUGGGAGCUCCCCCACGGCUACGGGCGUGUCAAGCCAGACGUCGUCACAUACGGCACAGACGUCGCUGGGCCAGGCAUCUUCGGCGCAUGCCGCACCCUCUCAGGCACCAGUGUCGCCUCUCCUGUUGUCACGGGUGCCGUUGCAUUGCUCGCAAGCAUCAUCCCAACAGAAGACAGGCCACGGCUGCUGAAUCCUACCAGCAUGAAGCAAGCGCUGCUCAGCACAGCCACCCGCCUGAGCGACGGAAGCACCAUCUUUGAGCAAGGCGCCGGGAAGGUCAACCUCACUGCUGCGGCGGUCUUCCUGGACACAUACACACCGCACGCGAGCGCGUGGCCACCAGCCUUCAACAUGAGCGACUGCCCAUACUUCUCCCCUUACUGCCAACAGAGCCUGUACUUUGGCGGCCAGCCGUUAAUUGCAAACUUCACCAUCCUCAGCGGCCUUGCCCCAACGGGCUGGUUCCCCUCGCUGCCGGAAUUCCGGUCCGUCAACCCGAAGCACGCGCACGUCGUCCAGCUUGCAUUCACCUCCUCCCCUCGCCUCGUCUCCUGGGCAGGAACGGUAGCGAUGAAGGCGACUGUAUCUCCGCAGGCGCGCAUGUUCCGCGGAGUUGUUCGCGGUGUCGUCACCAUCACCGUCGAGGCCCCACCGCAGGUGCCCGGUAGUGAUCGGAUGCAGCGUUCGACGGUUGAGAUUGGUGUUGAGUUUGAUGUCGUCCCAACACCACCGCGAGAGCGACGCCUGCUGUGGGAUGCUUUCCACAGCCUGCCAUACCCGCCAGGCUACUUCCCUCGUGAUGCUCUCAAGCACAAGAGCGACCCGCUCGACUGGAACGGAGACCAUCCACACACCAACUACCGCACGCUCGCCACCCACCUCGCUGCCAGCGGAUAUCACCUCGAAGUCCUCGGGUCGCCGUACACGUGUGUUGACUUGAGCGACUACGCGGCGCUUCUCAUUGUCGAUCCUGAAGAGGAAUUCUUCACCGACGAAAUCAAACACGUGGAGAAGGCUGUGAACGAGCAAGGCCUGGGCGUCGUUGUGCUCGCCGACUGGUACAACCGCGACAUUAUGCAAGCAAUCCAGUUUUAUGACGAAAACACACGCAACUGGUGGCACCCAGAAACAGGCGGCGCGAAUGUGCCUGCGCUGAACGAUUUGCUGCAGUCGUGGGGCAUUGAGUUCUCAAAUGUUGUCGUCGACGGGAAGUUUUCCUAUCAAGAACAAGUCAUCCAGUACCAGAGCGGGACGACGCUUGCUGCGUUCCCGCGUGGCGGCGUGCUCGUGUCAGCCAUCCUCGCUCCCCAGCACGUCGAUGACAGCAACCAGCAUCAUCAGCAGCACGGGCGUGACAGUGACAUUGUUGCUGGCGAGACAAGCCACUACCCCAUCAUCGGUCUCUACCAGGUGCCUGCAAGCAGUGGGGGACGCAUUGCCGUGUACGGCGACAGCUCAUGUGUUGACGACAAGUACAACUCGGCGCACCACACUGCGCGGUGUGUGCCGCUGAUUCAGGAUCUGCUGGAGUACGUUCUCGACCACAACGACCGAGGAGAGAAUUUGAUCAAGUUGGGCCAGGUGAUGCAGCGGGACUUGCGCCCGCACCCAAACGCCCAGCCACGCCGCAGCGACAACGCCACACUCCACAUCUACUCUCGCGUCCUGCAGGCGCCGAGCGAGCAGGCCCCGCUGCCCAUAUGCUCGCACGACAAGUGGAUCACCCCAAUCAUGGAUGGCGGUGUUGUGCAGACAACGCGCACUCCACCACACGAUGCACCCCGCCAAGACGUCAGCGCUCGCAUUCAGCACGUGCGCCCCGCUGAUGAGGUUGGCGAUGGCAGUGGUGCUGGUGCUCGUGGCGGUGGCGGCGGCGGCGGCGGCGGCGGCCUGUCGCCGAUAUCUGCUGCUGUGCUGUUGCUUCUUGGAAUGGCUGUCGGCGUUGUUGCCUUCGUCGGCUUCAAGCGAUGGCGUGCGCGGAGACGCGGCAGUGCUGUUGAGCGCGAGCACGCCCGCCACCACCGUUAUCACCAUCAUCAACAGCACCGCAUGUCGUUCAUGGCGUCGCCCACCACAGACACGCACCCCACAAUCAGCACCAGCAGCAGUAACCUGUCCCCCACCACCGCACGGACGUUUGCUGUUUGACGUGAGAUCAAUGGAACGGGAUUGAUGCAAGCGUUACAGUUACAUUUGUAUUUGCUCACUGGAUAUUUGACCGCCGUUGAUUUAUUGGGGAUUACUUGGCCUGUAGUCGUCUUCACAACAAUGUAACCGAACCCAUACCA